AUGAAUGCUCUAUCCGCCGACGAGAUGGAGCGCUUCCAGAAGCUUUCCAACACCUACCAGCCGGAAGUCCAGGGCCUUCUUGUCUCAACCAAACAGUCUACCCACAGCAUCGCGAUGGAUUACGCGAAUGCGGAUCCUACCCUAGCUACAAAGACAAAUGCGCUUGCUAUCACCCAUCCCGAGUGCCGUAUCAUGAAGGGCGAUGGGAAUUGUGGUUGGAGAGCUGUGGCAUUUGGUUAUUUCGAGACCCUCUUCGCUCUCCGAGACACGCUCCGCAUCGAGGCAGAAAUUCGGAGAAUGAAAUCUCUCACUACGCUUUUGGAACGCGUCGGCCUGUCGGAUUCCAUCUACGAGCUCUUUGUCGAUGCCACGGAAGAAGUCCUCAACCGAACCCAUGCUGCUAUCCAAAAUGGUGUUCAAGACGAGUCUUUCCUGGUCGAGGCUUUUAAUGAUGGUUACUCCUCUGAUGCUAUCAUUACCCACUUCCGAAUUUUGACGAGUGCGUGGAUGAAGCUCAAUCCACACCGGUACCAAGCUUUCCUUCCUAUGCCACUGGACCAGUACUGCAGCUCGCGGAUAGACCCGGUGAAGACCGAAAUCGACGAAGUUGGCCUCCAGGCACUGAUCGACGGUGUAAUCGAAGGUUCCGGCUUUUGUGUUGAAAUUCUUUACCUCGACCGAAGUGAAGGCGAGGUCGUGACACCUCAUCUACUGUCCUCUAAUCGUCCCAGCGGUGCAACAAUCCGCCUCCUAUACCGACCAGGCCAUUAUGAUAUCCUUUACCCAGUCGAUACGACUUUGAAUAUGGCACCCAUAGUUAACCUCCAAUACGGAAUGACGUCCGACUACUCCCCCUGGGAUCAAGCUCUCGGAUUUGAUGUCAAUUCCAGCUUAAUGGCAAUUCCCAACCUGAUGCAAGACACAUCAUUCGUGAUGGGCGCUCCCAUGUCUCCCAUGUCUUCUGUCUCGCCAACCCCCGCCAGUCCAUUCCGCAUGUCCCCGCAACAAGACAUGUACCAAUCGCCUAUGCCAACCCACGCACCCAUUCCGUCGAUUCCUGUCUCCCCUCCUCCGCAAGUCACGCAAUCCGCCGCCCCGCCACCAAUGACUUCCCUGCCUAGUCGAACGUCAGACGGCCCGCAGAUUCGCCUGAAUCCAUUAGUGAUGAAACCGAAUCUCAGUCGCUCGUUGCCGGUCACCACCCCUUUCAAAAACUCCCCAUAUAACCAAGCCCAUUUCCAGAACUCCGACUUUGAACCCAUCCAUUGGGAACCACAUGAACGACGAUAA